AUGUCACACAAUCGCUCAGAUAAUGCCGAACGAUUAGAACAAUUAAGAACCCGAGUUAAGAUAGAUCGUGAUGGAAUUUCUUCAAGCGAUUUUCCCUUUCAUAGUUCUAAUGCAUAUCCAGAAUUUGAUUCGAUUGAGAUUUUUCGAAAGAAAUUAAAAAUCAAAGUGAUUAAAAAAUCCCAAUUUGAAAUGGAAUUUGAUCUGAUUGGAAUAGAUGCAGCAAUUGCAAAUGCAUUAAGACGUGUCAUGAUUGCAGAGGUUUUGUAUAUUUAUGACAAUACAUCGAUUAUACAAGAUGAAGUACUUGCGCAUCGUCUAGGAUUAAUUCCUAUCAAAGUUGAUCCAGAUUUAUUUUAUUUCAAACACGAAAAUGAGAGACCAACAGAUAUGAACACAAUAGUAUUUAAAAUAAAUCAUGAGUGUCGUUACAAUCCCAAAGUGCGAGAUGAUGAAAGUGACCCAAAGCAACUUUAUAUUGGACAUAAUCUUUUAUCUUCUUCAUUAAUUUGGGAUCCUAAAGGUGAACAAGCCGAACGAUUUACUGAUAAUCCAAUAAAACCAGUUCAUGAUGAUAUUUUAAUCGCACAAAUGAGGCCUGGACAGAGGAUGGAAUUAGAAGCACAUUCAACUGCAACAUACCGUUUAAUGCCAGAAAUUAUUAUAAAAGAAGAAAUUACCGGAGAUUUGGCUGAUAAAUUUGCAGCAUGUUUCUCCAAAGUAAAUAAUGAAAUGGUAAAAACAGUCAAAGUAGUUAAUCCACGACUUGACACAGUUAGUCGGGAAGUUUUGCAAAGAAUUUUCAUUGAUGCUAUACAUAUUAUGCAAACAAAAUGUUCUAGACUUUUACUUGCAUUAGAAAAUAAAUUAAAAGAAUUAGAGGAUGAACGAAAUGUGAUGUCUUUAGAUGAUGUAUAG